GUGAAGCGUCCCAAAGAGCAGCCGACCUCAGAUCUGACAUUGCAGGACGCGCACAAGUCUGUGGAGUCAGCCCUCCUCCGCCUUCUCUCACCAUGCAUCCAGCAAGACUCCCAGCUCGGCAGUGACAAGCGUUUCCGAAGUGACAAGUUUAAGAGCUGAGCAUUGGCGCAGAAAGGCCGAAAUCGAGGAGAAACUGUGCGUAUUUCCCUGCACAUUUUUCUUUACGUCGCUGGCAGUUGGAAGCAGGCGGAGUUAAGCCUUUCUGGGGGAAUUUUUUUCUUAUUCAAGGGGGAAUAUUUUGUUCCAUUCUCUUCACCGACAUGGAGUACACUUCAUCCCCGAAACCGCAGCUCUCAUCCCGGGCAAAUGCUUUCUCCAUAGCAGCCCUGAUGUCCAGCGGGAAGCCCAAUAAGGACAAGGAGGCGGAGGAGAACACCAUCAAGCCUCUGGAGCAAUUCGUGGAGAAGUCCUCCUGCAACCAACAGUCCCUGGCUGACCUGUCCUCUCUGGAUGGGCAUGGGGACUUCAGCGGGAGCGCGCCCGCCGUGUGCACGGAGCCGCUCAUCCCCACCAACCCAGGCAUCCCAAGCGAGGAGAUGGCGAAGAUCUCUUGCAGCCUUGAGACCAAAGAGCUGUGGGACAAAUUUCACGAGCUCGGUACUGAGAUGAUCAUCACCAAGUCUGGAAGGAGGAUGUUUCCAACCAUCCGAGUCUCUUUCUCCGGGGUGGACCAGGACUCCAAGUACAUCGUGCUGAUGGACAUUGUCCCAGUGGACAACAAGCGCUACCGAUACGCUUACCACCGCUCCUCCUGGCUGGUAGCCGGCAAGGCCGACCCCCCUCUCCCCGCCAGGUUGUACGUCCACCCAGACUCUCCAUUCACCGGCGAGCAGCUGAUGAAGCAAAUGGUUUCCUUUGAGAAAGUGAAGCUGACGAACAACGAACUGGACCAACACGGACAUAUCAUCCUCAACUCCAUGCACAAAUACCAGCCGCGGGUCCACAUCAUAAAGAAGAAGGACCACACUGCCUCGCUGCUCAAUCUCAAAUCUGAGGAGUUCCGCACCUUUGUCUUCAUUGAGACUGUCUUCACAGCUGUCACAGCCUACCAGAACCAGCUGAUAACCAAACUGAAGAUUGACAGCAACCCGUUUGCCAAAGGUUUCCGGGACUCCUCGCGGCUGACGGACAUGGAGAGUAGGGAAAGUGUUGAGAAUCUGAUCCACAAGCACUCAUACGCCCGGUCGCCGAUCCGAACCUACGCGGGUGACGAGGAGAACCUGAGCGAGGACGGACACGCCUCACACACCAGAGGUUCAGCGUUCACCGCCUCAGAUAACCUCUCCCUGAGUUCCUGGGUGACCACGACCUCAGGUUUCUCAGGUUUUCAGCACCCACAGUCCCUAUCGGCCAUGGGCACCGGCACUGCUUCCCUGCCCCACCCCAUCCAGGGCUCCCUGCCCCCUUACAGCCGACUGGGCAUGCCGCUGACGCCCACCGCUCUGGCUGGAACCAUGCAGGGCAGCGGUCCCUCUUUCCCCUCCUUCCACAUGCCACGCUACCACCACUACUUCCAGCAGGGCCCCUAUGCUGCCAUCCAGGGACUCCGCCAUUCCUCCACUGUGAUGACACCAUUUGUAUGACUCCAUCCUGGGGAGGAGAUGGAUGAACCUCGCUCUGACACGCACCCCUGUUUCGGAGCAUCAAGCUCUUUCCUCACUCCUCAUCCAGUUUGUAUCUUUCCCUUCGGUCUUUGUAAAUAGCUCACCUACAGUGAGUGAGGUGACGGUCAUGACAUAAAGAGGAUGAGGUGUACUGACAGCCAAUCAAAAAAGGACUGUGGCGCCAUCCUUUGGACCUGCGAAAACACCACCAGAUCCUGUGGUUUCUAUGAACGCUUAAAAGACACUGUACAAACACUUGUGACCUCAAUACAAACUAUAAAACCUAAUGCAAGGUGAUAACAGGAGCAUGUUUGAUCUUGGCCCUUCUUGAACAGAAAGUGGAUCCUUGACUUAUUUAAAGAAACAAGUAGGAAACCCUGUCUUCCCUUAAACGCACUAAUGGCAGCAGGGGCUCGACCGGGUCUAAAGAUGGCAGGCAACUCUGUGGUCCUUCAAAAUGACUCACAACUCCACCGGAUGGACACUGAGGCUCAGUCUGUGAACAUUUCAGCAUGUCAGCAAGGCGGAGCAGCCAUUUCAGGUUUCCUCUGUUUUGGAGAAAACCAGCCAUAUGUACAGUUCAAAGUUAGAACUUAACACUGUUUCGAAAAUAAUGUCAAAAAAUAUGUUAAAAUGCAUUGUACAAAGGCAAACGUGCUACAUUUACUCAUAGGAAAAUUCUCACUGUGGAGAUAAACAAAUAAUAGGACGCAUGCUGACCGCAGUAGACAUACACACUUUAUAUGGAAAAAUAUGAGCCAAAAAACUAAUGAAAAGGUGGUUUUUGCUUUGUUUAAAGGACCAGUUAAUGGAAGCAGCGAAGUUGCUCAAACCACAGAUGUACUGAAAGAGCUGGAUACCAUGCUACUACUGCUGAUUUUUUUUUCUUAGUGCCCAUUUAAAUCUCUAUAGACAUCUGAAACUGAAGGUUAAUAUGAUUGCUGUUUGUUUAAAUAAUGUUUAAUCGGUGAUUUAGAGGUGAUUUGAAAAAGAUCCAAGCAAGAAGAGCUUUUUAGCAUUUUUAGGCAAUUUUCCUCAUAUUUUAGUAUUCGUAAAAAAAUGGCGCUCAAGUGUCAUUCAGAGGUAUCACACUUUUAAUUAUGUGUAACUUCAAGACAAAGUACAGUCUAAACUGUUGAGUUACAUAACAGUUCACUUGCACCACAGUUGUCAUGAAAGGGGAAAUUAGCUACAGAGGCCAUACACAGUUUUUGUCACAGGCUGUAAAUCUGUAAUUCUCCUGUAAAGUUGGGCAUUUUAACCUGGGUCAGCACUGACUCACUUUAGCAACAAGCCUCAAGUGGCCAUUUGGGGAACUGCAGUUUUUGGCAUUUCAAUUUAUUCCAGUUCUUAUAAUACAUCCAUGGUAAACACAUGCAGACCUUUAAUCUAAGAUUCAUCUUUGAAUUUAACACAAACAAGUCCCACCAGGGACCAACAGCAAACUUUCUAGACAGAGGCAGAGAUAACCCAAAGCUAUCAUGGCCUCGUAAUCACCACGUUUAUCUGGGAUAGAAGUGACAUAAAGUCGAGUUCUUCAGCAUUUCAUUUUUUUAAUUACCUGAUCUUUACUUUAGCAUACAGUGUAGCUCAGUGACUUGUCCUUGACAUUUGAAACUAACGAUCCAACAUGCUGUGUUUGCUCAUCUCUGUGGAGUUGAGAAAGUACGCUUGGUUUGACGAAAGUCGUUCGGUUCAAGAAUGAUUUCACACAGACUGAUGAAUUUCACUAUCUUUGUAUAGUGACCGGACUCUACCUAAAAUCACUUCAAUUACACCUUUCUUUAAAUAGCUGUAUAUUAAUUUGCUUAGGUUAGUGAAAGUGGUUAAGUGGCCCUUAUAAAUCUACUCUGACUGGCCUCUAAUGGGCUGAAUUACGACUCAUUCACUGUAGUCUGUUUUAUAUCAAAAGGCACAUAAAACAGUGUGAAAUGUACAGUAGAAAUAUAAACCCCGACUCCUCCUUGCUUUCAGCCUUUUGGUGGUCUGUCUUCAUUGGGUGUUACAG